CAAGGCAACUAUCGACAGGCUCCCAGCACUAUUAUAGAUACAGUUUUUCAUAGCAAGUCGCAUUUUGAGUAAAAAUAAUAAAUUAUUAUGGAAGCAGCGCCCGAAUUUGCUGAGAAACCAGCAACCCAUGACCAUCAGCCACGCUUAAAUGAGGUGGCCCAAAAAUUCCUGGCCGAUUUGGACGAGGAGCGUCAGCGUUUGUCGUCCAAGUUUCCACUGUGCGCUCUACUAAUUGAUGAAGCCGUGGACCGUGUUUACUGUACUGGCCGCAUUCCCGGCAAGGAAUUCUACGCCGACGUCUACAAGCAGAAGCCGAUGAAGAUUACCCAGAAGGUAUUUGUGCCAGUCAAGCAGUACCCUAAGUUCAACUUUACGGGAAAGAUAUUGGGACCCAAGGGAAACUCGUUGCGACGCCUGCAGGAGGAGACCCAGUGCAAGAUAGCCAUCAAAGGUCGCAGCUCUAUACGCGAUCGGAAUAAGGAGGAAUCGCUCCGCAGUUCCGGGGAUCCCCGCUAUGCCCACUUGCAAAAGGACCUCUUUCUGGAGGUUAGUACGGUGGCCACACCGGCAGAGUGCUAUGCCCGCAUCGCAUAUGCCCUGGCCGAGAUCCGUAAGUAUUUGAUUCCAGACAAAAACGACGAGGUAUCCCACGAGCAGCUACGCGAACUAAUGGAAAUGGAUCCGGAGUCGGCCAAGAGCAUACAUGGGCCCAACCUGGAGGCCUACAGGUCUGUCUUUGAUAAGAAGUUCGGCAGCAGCAGCAAUGGAGCUCCGAAGUACAUAAGUCUCAUCAAGCGAGCUGCGGAAAAUCCGCCUGAAGUCGAAGAUGCCGAGGAGGUGGUUUACGAAUACGAGCACCGUUUGCCCCCAAAACGCCCGCCCACGGGCUACGAGUAUAGUAAACCACGUCCAUCAAUAAUACCAACAAGCGCUGCGGCUUAUAAACGUCCGUAUCCGACUGACAUGAAACGUAUGCGCGAACCGCCCAUCAAGUCCUAUAAGCCCAAUCCGUAUUCCAUACUCAAAAAAUAUAAAUAAUAGAACUCUGCAUUCAACUGCUUCGAUCGGAGCUCGUGUUGAUUUCUUCCACACGCCGCUAUAAAUUGAAAUUAAGGACGAUGUUUAUGUUUAUAAAACUUGUGAGAGGAGAACAAUAUGAACAAUUUAUAAUCACAAUGACUUCUUGGUGUGGCAGGAAGGAGCUGAAUUCAAAGUGAAGCUAUGAAUAAAUAACUAAUAAUUGAAAAAUAAAAAUGCGUAUGUGCGCUAUAAAAUCUCAAAAACAUAAAUUUAACCUUAAUUUAUGAAUAAAUAAAACUGUUCAAUCGUUUGGCGUUUGGACAAUGCCAGUUGAUCAUAAGCUUAAUAUAUAUUAUAUUUACUGUUAAAAUUAUGAUUUCAUCAUUUUUUAACUCUAUGAUACAACAAAAAAAAGGUUAAAAAAAGAAAAGAAAAACUGAAAGAAGAGAAAUCAAAUGAAUAACCUUAAUAACUACUAUCCGAGCAGAGCCAAUUAUAAUUAAAUAAACCGAACCUCCCCUUCACAAUCAAUAUAUAUGAACACAUUUAUACACAUGUCAUUAGUCGUAGAAUCAGGAUAUAUGUCUCCUUCAAGUGAAGUAGUAAAAAAUGAUAACAAAAUCUAUUAAUCACAUUGUUCAUUGAAAGGCAAAAUAAAAUGAAAGAUCAAAAAUCCUUUUGGUCAUCAAAGAUAUUAAAAGCAGUUUACAAAUAAGAUUAAUAAACAAUUAUGAAUUUAUAAAACCAAAAGAAACUAUGAAUAAACUAUUAAAGUUGCUAAGUAACUUAACUUCACACAUA